UUUAGCUUUAACUAUAACGGAUCAGUCGUUGGCGAUCAAAAGUAAACAAAAAAAUCGCGCAAAAAUUUGUUCACGUCAAAGUUUAUUUCGAGUAUUUUAAAUCAUGACGUCUACUAAAUCAUAUGUGCCAUUAAAGGAAAAGUACGAUAGAAUUGUUGUCCUUAUUGAUAUGGAUUGCUUUUACUGCCAAGUCGAGGAAUAUUUAGAUCCCGAACGACUUGCGAAUAAACCGAUUGCUGUGGUUCAAUAUCUCGAGAAUGCUGGAAUAAUUGCUGUUAAUUAUGCAGCACGAGCUUUGGGUGUCACUCGCCAUAUGAGAGAGAAAGAAGCUAAAGCAGCUUGUCCAUCUUUAAUCUGUGUAAAAGUUCCAUCAAAAAAUGGAAAAGCAGAUCUGACAAAAUAUCGUGAUGCUGGAUAUAGAGUAGCCAAAGUACUGCAAUCAUUCACACCAUUACUUGAACGAGCAAGUGUUGACGAAGCUUAUCUGGAUAUCACAGAGAAUGUCACUAAAAAGAUUCAAGAAAUGCGUGAAAAUAAAUUUCAACUUCAACCUGUCAACUUUGUAAAUACUUUUGCUGUGGGAUAUCCAAACAUUGGAUCAUUUGUUCAAGACGUGACGAGUUCUGUUGAUAAGAACUACUCCGAAAUAGACGAAGAAGAUAGAAAAUCGUAUGCAAGCAGUAAACUUCGGUUGUUGAUAGGAGCAUCAAUUGUAAAUGAAAUAAGGAAUGCUGUAAAAGCAGAAACAAAGUACGAAUGUUCAGCUGGCAUUGCACAUAAUAAAAUUCUCGCCAAAUUAACUUGCGGUAUGAACAAACCGAACAAACAAACAGUUCUUCCAAUCGAGUCGAUAAGUGAACUGUUUCAAAACCUUUCAGUUAACAAAAUAAAGUCACUUGGAGGGAAACUUGGUGAAGAAGUUUGUGAAAAACUUAACGUAAAAACAAUGGCAGAAAUUAUAAAAUUCUCUGAGGACGAACUACAACGACUUUUUCAACCUCGUAUUGGAUCAUGGCUUUAUUUGAUGUCUCGUGGAAUUGAUCUUGAGAAGGUUACACCAAAGUUUAUGAGCAAAUCAAUUGCAGUGUCAAAGAAUUUUCGAGGUAAAAAUGAAAUUUCUUCAAUUCACACUUUGAAGUUUUGGUUGAAAGAAUUAGCAAAGGAGAUCGUAGAAAGGCUUGAGAAAGAUGCUGUCGAAUGUAACGGAACAGCUAGACACAUGAUUGUUGUCUUCACACAAGGAUCUGCUUCGUUUUCUGGUAAAGAUACAUCAAGUUCAAGAACAGUUGCAUUCAAUGGAAAUUCUUUAAAUUCUUAUAUAGCAGAACAAAUCGCAGAAGAAGUUUUUGAGACCAUUAAAAGAUGUUCUGUAAAGUUUCUUAAAGAAAAUGGAUCUGUUCUCAUGAAUAGCAACAUUAAACAUCUCGGAAUAACUGCUGGUAAAUUUGAAGACAAUAAUGCUGCUGUAAGUGGUGGCAAAAAUGUUCAGGAAAUGUUGAAGAAUCAUCAUAAACGAGACACAAAUAUUCCAACAAAUUCAGGGAAAAAUAAUAAACCAGAAGCAUCGCCGAAAAGUAUUGAAGCAAUAAAGAAAUUUGAACUUAAAUCACCUAGUGCAAUGACAAAAACACCGUCAAUAAAUAAAGUUAUUCAACCACGCUUAAAUGUUGAGCCAGUUUCUGAAGUAACCACAUCAGAACAGAACAAUCUUGAAGUGAAAUUAUCAUUUCUCGGUGAUCAUGCGAUUAAAGGAAUAAGAACUUUGAAACAUUGGACGAAUGAGUUGGUUAAGCAAAUUUGUGAUGCUUCAGCUAUAGAUUCGAAAAGUAACAAUCGAUCACCAACAAUAAUCACUUUGAAGUUGAUAGAUGAUGACAAAAAGGAAAUUUCAAGAAUUUUUUCACUUGAAAGUUUUUCUGAUAAAUUGAUAAAUGUUGAUAGUAUGAUUGAAGGUUCAAAUGACAGAAUAUUAAUAAAUAAUAACUUCAAAAGCAUAAUUCAUGUAAGUGUUGAAGCUUCUUUGUUCGAAACUGGAAAAUGUUUUAAUUAUACUGUGAAAUCUGAGAGUGAAACUGACAUUGACAACUUAAAUGCUGACCGUGAAUCUGACCAAGAACAAGAGAAUGAAAUUGUGGAAGAACACGAAAGUGAAGAUGAAAAGAAUUUUUCUGUGAAGACGAUUGAAGAAAUUGAUGACGAUUCUAAAAAUGACAAUGACGAUCAAGCUGAUGUGGGUGGUCUUGAGAAAGAAUUUUUGGAAGAACUUUCAAAUUGUGAAGAUGAAAAUUCAGAGAAACCCGUUCCGGAAUAUACAGAAACAUACGCUGAAUUCCAACCGCAACAAAUACCAUUUGAUGUAUUGAAUCCCAAAGAACCUUGCAUAGAAUGUGGAAAAAUGGUAGCGAGGCUUGAUAUGCUAACGCAUUUAGAUCAUCAUUUAGCAUUUCAAAUAUCAAUGCAACAACGUGAAGAAUUUCGGAAGUCACAAAAACCAACUACAUCGACACAAAGCACUUCUACACAAAAAGUCAUGAAGAAAGUUGGUCAAAGUAAAAGUAAUAAAACUACACUAAAUACAAUUACAAACUACGUUACCAAACCUGAUACUGAAGAUCCUGAAGAUGUCAACGAAUUACAAAAUAAAAUUCAAUGCGAACAAUGUUCAAAAUUUAUUACAAAUGAAAAAUAUGUCGAGCAUCUUGAUUAUCACUUUGCUCAUAAAUUACGUGAAGAUGAAAUGAAGAGAAACGUCGUACAAAAGCAUGAAAUUAAAAGAAUUAAAAGACCAGCUUCGACUUCAAAACAACCACCACUGAAAAAAAAUUUAAAAUCUUAUUUUUCUACAAAUUGAUAUUAUUUAAUUGAAUGAUAAAUGCUUUGUUGAAUUUUGUCCCAAUAUUUCCUAAUUUAAGAAUAAAAAGAUCUUUUAAAGAAGUAAAGA